AUGGCGAUCGUUGGCUUGACGGAUGCCGGCGACCACCACCUGCCUCACCAUGUCAAGAGCAGAGCCGUCAACGACGAAGCAGCCGCGGCCGAUUACUGCCUCAAAGGCGUCAGGCACUUAUCCGAUGCCGGCAUUACCAGGCUUCCCGGCAGGUACGUCCUGCCGGCCUCCGACCGCCCCGGCGCCUCCGUCUGCAUAAGCAGCGGCGGCAGCGCGAGGGUGAAGCUCCCCGUCGUGGACCUCGCUCGUCUCCGCGUGCCCACGGAGCGCGCCGCCGUUCUGUCGACGAUCUACACCGCGUGCCGCGACUACGGCUUCUUCCAGGUGGUGAACCACGGCGUAGACUCCGAGGCCAUCGCCGGGAUGCUGGACGUGGCUGCGCGCUUCUUCGAGCUCCCCUUCCCGGAACGCGCGCGGCACAUGUCGCCGGACGUGCGCGCGCCGGUGCGGUACGGCACGAGUUUCAACCAGGCCAACGACGCCGUCCUCUGCUGGCGUGACUUUCUCAAGCUCUCCUGCGUGCCGACGGUAGAGGACGUCGUGCCGUCGUGGCCCGACUCGCCGGCCGACCUCAGGGAGGUGGCGGCCGCGUACGCGGAGGCGAGCCGGAGGGUGUUCGUGGAAGUCGUGGAGGCGGCGCUGGAGGCUUUGGGGAUCGGAGAUGGUGAAGAUGGCGUGAUGGAGGAGCUGGCCACGGCUGGGUCGCAGAUGAUGACGGUGAACUGCUACCCGGCGUGCCCGCAGCCGGAGCUCACGCUGGGGAUGCCACCGCACUCUGACUAUGGGUUCUUCACGCUUGUGCUCCAGGACGACGUGGAGGGGCUACAGGUCAUGCACGACGGCGAGUGGUUCAUCGUCGACCCCGUCCCGGGCUCCUUCGUCGUCAACGUCGGCGACCACUUCGAGAUAUACAGCAACGGUCGGUAUAAGAGCGUGCUUCACCGGGUGCGCGUGAACUCGACGCGGCCUCGCAUCUCGGUGGCGUCGUUCCACAGCGUGGGGACGGAGCGGGUGGUCGGGCCGGCGGCGGAGCUCGUCGACGAGCAGCGUGGCGGCGAAGCGCGGCGGUACAUGGACACCGACUUCGCCACCUUCCUCGCCUACCUCGCCUCCGCCGAGGGGAAGCACAAGAACUUCUUGCAGUCAAGGAGACUCGCCUGA